CUUCAUGGGGAGCCGUUGUACUUGGUCGAUCGAGAGACGAUAUAAUAGGAUGGACAUCGACCCGGGAUGAUCCAGCACCAACGGCUGUGAAUUGACCUACAUGUCUACCGCGUUCCGCCGACGUUCAAACCAGGAUGUACUCGCCCUUCGAUCUCAACCUCGGCUUUCUGCUUGCUUUCAUCUUACGUUGGAUCACCACCGGCACCUUGACCGACCAUCACGAGGUGGUGGGAAUCACAAGACCCUCGAUCCAGCUCAAACUCGCUCCACGAUGGACCGACCACGAUGUUGCCACCCAGAUCGAGACGACGAUGACCAUCACCGGCAGACACUUCCUGGCAGACGAACCCAUGCUACGUCUGGUCACCGAGAGCGGCCGGGUACCUAGUAUGAAUCAUACCGGCGACCAAGCCAUCCGUUCUCAAGACGAUCUAGGCGAACUGGGUCUGGUCUACGUUGACGAUCCGGUGGGGAUGACCCGGGUAUGGUAUCCCCUCCGAGAGACCGUAGGGGCCGUGAGAUUAGGCUUUACCGUCUUUCCUAGGAAGACGACUAAAGCGACCCCUCCGGGACCUAGGAUCGAUUUCCGGGAAAACGACGGCGGGUUAAUAGGCAGCGGCAACGUCUUCAUCCCCACCGUGCUCGAACCCACUCUCUUGCCCUUGGACUCGGACUCGGACUCGGACUCGGACUCGGACUCGAACGAGCCUAUCGUCUACGACCUCGACGUACGAUGGGACCUCACCGGCGCUCCUCCUGGUACCAACACAUCCACUGUCUGGACGUUUGGUGAGGGCACCCACGUUCGCUAUAGAGGGCGGAUGGAGACCCUGGUCAACUCCGUCUACAUGGUCGGCCCCUCGAUCCGCUCUCACACCUCCCCCUCCCUCCCCGGGUACGGUUUCUACUACCUCACCCCGCCGCCUUCUCACUUCCUCCCUGACCCCGAGAGGCUCUCCAGAGAGAUCGCUCGAUUAUAUCCGGCCAUGAAAGAUUACUUUGAUCAGCCUAGCGAUACGUACCGGGUCUUCCUCCGUGAAUCCCCAAGAGGGUUCGGGGGGACGGCUUUCGUAUGGAGUUUCCUGAUCGAGUGGGACCGUGGGGUACGGAUCGGACGAGAUCUUAGCGAUGAUGGUGAUGAUGAUGGUGAUGGUGAUGAUGACAGUAGUGAGGGUGAUAAGGGUGAUAAGGAAACAGAGAGGGAGAGGGACAAAAAAGAGAGUCGGGAGGACGAUCUGUAUUUCUUGGUCUCACACGAGAUGGCGCACAAUUGGCCCAGCAUACAAGGACCUCCCGGGGAUCAAGAAGGUGCCAAUACGACGUGGUUCGAAGAAGGGAUCGCGACCUAUUACCAAGCCGUCCUUCCCUACGAGACCGGCUUGAUCUCCCGCUCCAAAUUCAUCGGACAGAUGAACGACAUCUUGUCCGCCUACUACACCUCUCCCGCUAUCGCACUGACCUCGGUCGAGUGUACACGAGACGCUUGGACGAACACCCACGCGCAGCGAUUGCCUUACUACCGGGGUGUGCUCUAUCUUUUGCACUUGGACGCCAUGAUCCGACGGGAAUCGAUCGACUCGGUAGGCUACGAGAGCAAGGGCCUACGUGGUCCUGUGAACGAGAUGGUGCGGAGAAGGUUCGCUGGCGAGACCUACACGUUCGAUGAUCUCUUCCGCAUCCUUGCCGAUCAUACCGAUAUCGAUAUCGACGAGGCGAUGAACCUCUAUAUGAACAUGUCGGCAGGUAAUUGGAUCGUCCCUCCUCCAUCCGACCUCGUUGGCAGCGGCGUCACCGUCCUCCGAGAGGAUCAACGUCGAUACGACGCUGGGUAUACUACGACCACGGACCGGCAUGGCGACAUCGUCAUCUCCUCUGUCAGACCCGACUCGAACGCCUAUCAAGCAGGCUGUCGAGUAGGGGAUAUCCUCACCUGGUCGCGGUAUUCCUUCGGGUCGAUGGACGAUUACCAGCGCAACCAUACUAUGACGCUUCGACGUCCUGGUGCUGGUAGCGAGAAAGGGGACGAGUUCUCCGUCGAGUUUUGGCCGCGGAGCGAGGUCAUGGUCCCGAGCUGGCAGUACGUGUGAGCCACAUGUCAGUGAUACGGGAGACCCUUGACCUACGCGGCAAAGAUGGUCAACUAGCGAAUUGCAAUUCGGAACUUGGAUGGGAGUGCCGUUACAGUCGCCUGAAAGAGCAGAGGACAGGGACUCGAAGGUUGGGAUGACCGGCAAACGCAGUUGGGUCGUCGGUCAGGGGGGAAAUGCUGGGAGACGGAUCAGGUAAGAGGUGCUAAUCAGCUCCGUUCCGGACGAUCUGCGAGAACGAUACUUGUAUUCUUAGGGGUCUGCGCAUUUGAAACGAUGUUUACGGAUCAUGCAUG